AAGGCUGGCAUCCAUCUUUGCAUCUAAGCGGCAUUUCUUCCUUCAUUACAUACUUCAUGGCCCAUCUCUGCCUUCUGAUUCGGUCGCCUCUGUUCGCGAUUCACCGAUGACUCGCCACCUCGUCCGGAGGUCGUUAUAAAUAUUCCCAGCCUUGCUGCCUUUUGACCGUUCUGUCUGGAUCCCUAACAUCUCGACACUAUCAUGGCGACCACCACCUUCGAUCCACAGACAGAAUCUCCGCUGUCCAGCCUGCCGGCUGAACCGCGAGACCGAAUCUACGGUCUCGUUCUCACGGUGUCGACAGAGGAUGGACCAGCCCAGCUGGGGAAGUCGUCUUCCAAGAAGCAAGCGCGCCCAACCUGCCUCUCACUCAUCCAGACAUGUCGUCUGAUACACUCGGAAGCUCAAACGAUGUUCCACGCUGUCAACUUCUUCAAGAUCAACGUCGACCUCAUCCGCAGCUUUACCCGCAGGACCUCCAUCGACCGCCUCAACUGCAUCACCAUAUUGACGGUGCAAAUUUCCGAAAAAGCUGAAUGUGUCACCCGCGCGGUGAAGUCGCUCACUCGUCUAGCCAAUCUCAAGAAGGUCACCAUGAAAGUCGAGAUGAAGUCCAUCAAGUUCUUCGCCGAGCUCAUCGCGGAGGUGGAAAGGGGCUUUGUGGCCGAGGAGAUCAAGCGCAAGACGAGUCUUGAGCAGGUCAAGGUUAUUGCUGUGGGGAAGGACAAGCCGAACCUGGAGCUGUAUGCGUGGGAUCCUGAGAAUGGUGAACGGCUGGUGGGAGAUCCAUUCGCGUAGAAGGUAGUUUCUGAAAUCAACGAGAACA